AGAGUGGUUCAAGCGAUGACCCAUGUGCCGAAAUCUAUCAAGGCAAAUCGCCAUUCAGCGAACCGGAAGCAAGGGCUGUACGUGAUGCAGUGAUGUCAAAUCGGUAUCGCGGUCGUAUCGAUGCAUUUGUAACGUUGCACACUUAUUCACAGAUUUGGAUUCAUCCAUACGGGCAUCGCAAGGAUACCUAUCCUGGUGAUGUGCAAGAUUUGGUACAAUUUAAUUCUCAAUAUACGCGUCAUUUAUUGGAUUCACAUAGAAAUUUUUUCGUUUUUAAGGGAAAUAACAGCUGCUUGUUGAAUUUGGAAUAUUUGUUGGAAAAAUUAAAGGAUAUUAAGACCACCCGGGCAAACAUUGUGAGUUUCUCACACUACUGA